AUGGCCAUCUUGACCACCCCCGACAAAGAGAAAAUCAAGCGGGCCGUGCCCAAGGCUAACAACAAGGUGAUCGACGCCACGGUAGCACGGCUUUACGUGGCGUAUCCCGACCCUACUCAAUGGACCUACACAGGACUUGUGGGUGCAAUCACGUUGGUGGACGACUUGGUGGGCCACACGUUCUUCCUCAAGCUCGUGGACAUCUUGGGCCACCGUGGAGUCGUUUGGGACCAGGAAUUGUACGUGAAUUUUGAGUACAACCAGGACAGAAAGUUCUUCCACACGUUUGAGAUCGAAGAUUGCUUGGUGGGAUUGUUGUUUGAAGACACCAACGACGCUGCACACUUCCACAAGCGUGUCACGACCCGCCAAAAGCAUGGUUCUAAACAAACAGUCAACAACAAAAACGCAAUCGCGUUGAAAGAACGGGCAGGCCCUUCUGCAAACCUGCAACCGGGCCCCAGAGGCGAGUUCGUGGACCUGAACACUGCUCAGAGGUCCAGACGGUCCAAGGGUGUGUUGUACUACGACGACGUGCCCCCUCCCGAGUGGAGGUCGUUGUACGCAGAGUUGGAGGCUGCAGGCAUCAGCGAGGACAUGAUUGCUGACAACAGAGAGUUCAUCAAGGAGUACAUUGCCCAGCAGGGAGGACCUUUGGUAGGCUUGGAGCCUCCAAUUCCUCGGAAACUCCAGAAAAAACACGAGCAAUCGGUAGCCAGUCCUGCCAGAGUGAGUUCCUCGUCGUCACAGAAGCCAAAAAAGGCUCCUCCACCUCCCCCACCUCCAGGAGGUGCCUCCUCCAACGCAGCCUCCUCGCCAGGCACACCAACACCGCCUCCUGCUCCCCCAGCGCACGAUUACGACGACAACAGCACCGAUUCCGCUGCUGAAUCGCCAGCACCCGAGCCAGCACCCGAGCCAGCGUCUCUGAAACCAAAAUUCAGAUUGCCACCAGCUAACGCGGUGGUUCCACCCGUUAGGAACUCACUGUUGCCCCCACCACCGCCCCAGGGCCAACAGCAAGUAGGAGCACCACCGCCAUUGCCUCCACAAAAUACCAGACCGCUCCCAAACUUGCCAGGACAGCCACCCCAACCGUACCACAACGCUCCUCCAGCGUUCAACCCCCCCAAUAGAGGAGGUCCACCACCACCACCUAGGGCCAAUAAUGGACCUCCCCCCCCACCCAGAGGGGGGCCUGUCCCCCCACAAAGAUCGGGUGCAGUUCCACCACCCCCACCUCCCCCCAGGGCUGCCAGAGGGGGUCCUCCACCUCCACCACCCCCAAGGGCUGCCAGACCCGCGCCAGGUGGAGGCCCUCCCCCACCACAGAACCAGUACGUUCCCCAAGCCCCCCCACAACCGCCCAUGGGCCUGUCGCCAUACAACGCCCAGAGUCCUCCGCCAUUGCCCCCAAUGUCCAGCCAUCCCCCACCUCCUCAAAGGACUCCCCAACCGGCCCCUGGGGGUCCUCCAUUGCCACCAGCUGCAAAUGGAGGUGGCGCCCCUCCCCCACCACCUCCCCCACCUCCUAUGCCAUCCAUGACUUCUGGUGGACCUCCACCCCCCGCUCCUCCCCCACCUCAAAUGGCUGCCAAUGGACCUCCACCCCCCGCUCCUCCCCCACCUCAAAUGGCUGCCAAUGGACCCCCACCCCCACCUCCUCCCCCAGAUAUGUCUUCCUCCACUCCUGCGGAGGCUACUGGUGACCCAAGCAGAGAUGCUCUUUUGGCGUCGAUCAGAGGUGCUGGUCUAGGCAUGCUCAAGAAGACCGACAAGUCCCAGCUCGAGAGGCCAAGUGUGCUCCUUCAGGAAGCAAAGGGUGAGCCAGUGGCUCCUCCUGCUGGAGGUCCUGCUGGAGGCUCUGCUGGAGGCCAGCCUGCCACCUUGGCAGAUGCCUUGGCUUCUGCCUUGAGUAAAAGAAAGAAUAAGGUCGCCCAGAGCGACGACGAGGACGAGGACGACUGGUAG